AGGCCGGCUGUCCCUCACCCUCAGCAACCCUGCAGACCAGAGCCUCCUGUGCACCCAUAAUAAUCCACUAAAGCACCUGACCCACCCACCCACCACCAACCACCAUCAGCACAAGCACCACCACCAGCACCUCCACCCCCUCCACUGGUGUUGGUCCUGGGAGCAGACGGUAGAGGCAGCCAGCGCCGAUAGGGGAUAAGCUUGGCCUGGAGGAGGACCACCGAGGAGGAGAACCCACUAGGAACCGGGACACCAGGACUUGGACGUGGUUUUUGGAUCCGACAUGAGCGGCGCAUACACGGUGACGCUGAACGGCCCCGCGCCGUGGGGCUUCAGACUACAGGGGGGGAAGGACUUCAACAUGCCGCUCACCAUCUCCAGGAUAACUCCUGGCAGUAAGGCGGCCAGCGGCAGCCUGGCCCAGGGCGACAUCAUCUCAGCCAUCGACGGGGUCAGCACCGACGGGAUGACGCACCUGGAGGCCCAGAACAAGAUCAAGUUGGCCACCCACAAACUGGCACUGUCCAUGCUCAAAUCAAGACGCCCUGCACCGGUUCCCACGGCAACCCCACGCAUGGACUCCCCCAUGCCCGUCAUCCCCCACCAGAAGGUCAUCGCAAACACAGCUGCAAAUGUGGAGUACACCCCCAGCUUCAACCCCAUCGCCCUGAAAGACUCUGCCCUGUCUACCCAUAAGCCCAUUGAGGUGAGGGGUCCCGGGGGCAAGGCCACCAUCGUUCACGCCCAGUACAACACACCCAUCAGCAUGUACUCACAGGACGCCAUCAUGGACGCCAUUGCAGGGCAGUCACAGGCCAAGGGGCACGACAGUGAGGAGGCGGGCUCCCCUCUGGCUGGGGCCUUGCCUGUUAAGGAGCCGGUGGUCGACUGUGCAUCUCCGGUGUAUCAGGCCGUGAUCAGGCCAGGCGAGACCCCCCAGGACAUGUCCGAGUGGGCACGCCGCGCCGCCAACCUCCAGUCCAAGAGCUUCAGGAUCCUGGCCCACAUCACCGGCACCGAAUACCUGCAAGACCCAGACGAGGAAGCCCUGCAGAGGUCGAGAGAGAAGUUCGAGUCGGAGGUGAAAGGGCCUCGCUUCGCCAAGCUGAAGAACUGGCAUCAUGGACUGUCUGCACAGAUCCUCAACGUCCAGGAGUAAAGAGGAAGAGGAGGAGGAAGAGGAGGACAUGUAAAGAAGGAUAUGGACAAACAAUAGAGGAGGAGUUAAGGAAAAAAGAGGGCAAAGGGAAUGUGAGACAGUAGACUAGACUGUUAGUGUGAGUGUACCUGCUCUGUGUUCAGACUGGAUCCGUCUGCUGCUGAAGACCUCAGCUCGCAUUUGGGUUGGUUUAUUUGUUUUUUGUUUUUCUUCUGUUCGUUUCCUGUUGUGUUUUGCGUUCUGUCUCUCUUAAAUGGAAGAGGAAAUUGUACAAAAAAUAUACGCAUUCAACUGAUGAUGUUUUUGUCUUUUCGCGCUCCCGUGCGAACACUAAUGUAUGAACCCCGCUUUAAAGACGGCACCAACCGACGAAUGCACAAACUGAAAUGUAUCAACAUGCACAAAGCACCACAUGUAAAAAAACAAAAAAACAAAAAGAAAUGCACUCAGAAAAUGUACUGAUAUCAAUGUGAAUAAAUGUUUUCUUAAAACCACA